AGUACAGACUAAUCCCCAAAGAGGAGAAAACCUGCAAACCUCAGUAAUCCUAUUUACCGGACUGUUCUGACCAGAAACUAUAGGGAAAUAAGUAUUAAAACCCGUUUGUAAUUAAUUUUCAAAAUAAUCCUUAAACUGUCCAUAGCCUAAUUGCGUUUCAAUUUCCAUGAUGGAUGUAAAACGCGCAAUGGCUCUAAUGAGGUUAUGAGCCUCAGAAGGAUAUGGGAGCAUUUCCACUAAGAUGUCGGUAUCUGCACUGUAUUCUGGGCUGAGUGGAAAUUUCAGUGGAAGUAGCCUGUUAGUAGGAAAAAGGCUUCCUGUAACCGCGUAUCGUACAUAUAAAUGGAGUAAGGCAAAGGAGGGGGGGCGCAGAAAACUUGACACAGCAUUCAAGUGAUGGUCACUCAACCCAUGCACACUCACAGACAUUGCGGAGUAACCUACAGCGGACAGGUCACCACGUCGGCGAGACAGAAUAAAAAGUGAGCCCCACUUCUUGGCGACUAAUCUGCUACUUCAGCCAGGACGCGCACGGGAUCUGAUCUGGGAGCACCGGACCACUUGAGCUGUUCUGUGCGCUCUCUCCCUACAGUCUGUCGGUCUUCAGAGGAUGACCACAGGGGCUCCGCGAAGAUCCGUGACUUCACGAGCUUUGUUUUUGCCUUAAUAAAAGCAGCUUUUAAGAGGACAUAUUUUGGAGCGGACAAACUCCGAAGUUGCGCACAGUUUGCAUUUCUUACAGCUGUGUGCGCAGAAAGUCAUCAGUGUCUGAAGACUUUAUAAAGGUGCCCUGAAAAGAAAAUACGACCUCACUGUUUCCCCCUCACUCACCGGGAGCUAUGAGCGAACUACGCAGGCAUUUCAUUAUGGGACUGGUGUUACUGAUGUGCACGCUCACCGACCACUGCGGCGAGAGCGCGCCUUCCACGGUCCCAACAGGGGACGCAUCGGACGGCAUGGACGAGCAGCAGGACUUGAGGCGGAUGGUGGAGAUCGUGAAGCAGGUGGAGGGGAGUCGGGGACGCCACAGUGCCAAAACAGAAGCGCCGGCAAUGUCACGAGAGACGAGCUCUCCGAUGGAGCAGAAGGAUUUUCGGGACCUCAAAGCAUUCAGAGGGAAUCAGGCUGUCGCCAUAUUUCCCAGAGAUCUAAGAAAGAAGGAGAAGUUCAUAAAAUACUUAACAGGUCCGCUCUCCUUCAGCCCCAAGUGCAGGAAGUCGGUGUACAAACUCUACCACCACACGAGAGACUGCACGAUACCUGCAUACUUCAAAAGAUGUGCACGGCUUCUGACACGGCUAGCAGGCAGCCCACAGUGCACAGAGGGGUAGCACACACCAGGUCAAAGUCACACACGAGUCCUUCAGAAGAAAAAAAAACUUGGGAAGAAAGUGCCUUGGACAGUAAGGAAGCCUAAAUCUGACCAGCCCCGACUGACACUAGGCACAGUAUUGUCAUUCACUGAGGUCUCCUUCUGCUAAGGCGUGGACGGGUGCCACCCACCACUCAGGCUGGGCCUUGAUGGUUAGCUGUCACCACAUGGGGGAGCAACCCAGGCAACAAAACCCAGACCAGGAUAAAGACAGUGAAACUGAAGAAUGGAGAAGAUAAAGAAACAAGCGGCUGAGACACACCAACCUGGGGCCUCCUCAUGCUGGGAUCCAAAAAAGAUGUUGCUAAAACAAAACAAAAACAUAUUUUUCUUCAUUUAUUUCGCUCAAGAAAAGAGCAAAAUCCAAAUAUGCUCAACCUUGCCUGUACUACCUUCUACACAGACAAGUUUUCACAGACCUCCAGUUGGCAGUCAGUGCAUAGUUUCAGCCACUUGUGCUCAUACUGAGAAAGAACUGUGAUUAAAUUAUUAAUUGCAUGAAUUUUUCUCUGCAUCUUUGUGAAAAAGAUAUAAAAAAAUAAUAAUAAUAAUAAAACAAAACAAGUGGUUGUUGGAUUUUGGUAGAGUGCAGUACAGAGUAUAUUUAUGUAUUUGAGUCAUCAAAAGGUAACAUUGUACAUAAUGUAGGCCAUCUUUAAAAGCAGGAGCAAUAUCUACAUGCUGUAAAGCAAAACAUAAAAAGAAGCCACCUAUGUACCAUAAAUUAACAUGACUGGAGUUUCCCAAAGGGGUGUCCAAUAUAUAUAUAUAUAUAUAUAUAAAUAUAUAUAUAUAUACCAUAGCUAUAUUUAAAAAUGAAAUAUAUUUAAAUAAAUUAUGAGAUUGGUACAAAUAUGGAUUGCCUUUCUUUUCUUGUGCGAUAUUUUGCUUUGCAUUCCCAUCUUGAAUGAGGAAUGAUCCUCGAAUAACCCUGUGACUGGACUGAGUCCUGGAACAUCUGAUCCUGUGAACUUCCCACUGCUAUUUCAGACAGACUGUUAAAAAAGGUCAACUGGCAGAGCUCAAAGGGUUCGAAUACAUGUUAUUACAACAUGAUUUUUAAGUGAUCACUUUCACUUGCUUUGCAACAGUCACAUUGAGAAAGGAGUUCCUCUUAAAAGACUGAGUCACUCAAGUUUUCCUUUAUAAUUCUACUGGUAUGGAUUCAUCAAAAUCUUUUUAUCGUUAUUUGAGCAGGUUUUAAGAAUUCUCCUGCAAAUGCACUUAAGCAAAGAUGAAUGUACAGUGCUUAACAAAUUUAUUAUAUUCAAUGUAGAAUACUGGUUAUUACCAAAAAAGAUGAGUUACUAAUAUGCUCAACCUCUGAAAUUGAAAUAUUUUAAUGGUGAAACAUAAUUUUUCUCAUUAUCAAUUAAUUUACUGUAAAAAAUAGUAAUGCAUGAUACUAUUUUUUAAGACGCAAAAUUACAAUUAUUUACUGUCAUCCCUGUAAAUACAACUAAAAACAUUAGUUUCAGUGGUUGAAUGUUAUGUUUCAUUCAUUUAUGACUUCUCUGGCUCAAAUUUGGGUAUAGAAACUUACUUAAUGUUGUCACUUACUUUUGUAAGUAAUACAAUUCGGUUUAUUACUUACCUAAUAAAUAACAAUAUAUUAUUAAUUUUAAACAACCUCCUAUGUUU